AUGAGUUCACAAGUGCUUCCAGAAACUGGUCCCAAUGAAUACCAGUCUGAAUUUCUUCAACAGAACCCAACCCUCGCUGAACCCGUCGGUCGACUUCUCGAUCUCCAGUCGUGCUACUUAACUCUCAAUAAGCAAUUCCAGGAUGAGAUGUGGAAACUCGAGCAGCAGCACUAUGCCCGCUGCAAGAGCCUUUUCCAAGACCGCGUGGCUAUUGUUAAUGGGACGGGACUAGGCUCUCUGCGUUCCAACACGGUUGUCCAGAGCCACGGAACCUUUAAAUGUCCAGCAGCCGGAGUUCCCCAUUUCUGGCUCCAAGCGAUGAAGAACAACCCUUGCAUUGCUGAGUGGAUCAGCCCUCACGACGAGCCGGCACUUAGCUACCUCCGCGAUGUUCGAGUCGAGUUCCUGAACGAAAACACCUCCGGGUUCAGGAUUUUAUUUGACUUUGAUGAGAACCCUUUCUUUACAAAUAUGACGCUUACGAAAGACUUCAUCUACGAGAAAGAGACUGACCAGGAUGACAUCUAUGGUGAGCUCGGAUACAGCAAAGCCCCUGGUUGUCUCAUUAGCUGGCGUCCCGGUAAAGAUCUGACAGACAUAAUUCUCUCCGCUCCUGAUAAAUUUGAGCUCGAGUCAUUUUUCGACUUCUUUCAGUCGACAUCUUGGGAGGAUGACGGCAACAAUGACAAUGACAAAGGGGACCAUGGCUACGAAGAUGAUGAACGCAAUCCACGUGGUGGAGGAUCCUCAGAUACCACACUCACAUACAAUGACAACAAAAAAGGACCAGAUAAUGGUGGUGCGAGAAAAAUUGAUUGCGUCGCGAAUGGCGAAGAUGGCGAAGAUGGUGAAGAUGGUGAAGAUGGCGAAGAUGGCGAAGAUGGCGAAGAUGAUGAAGAAGAUCAGGACUCAGCUCUAGACUGCGAUAUUGAGCUUGGUGAGGAGUUCAAGGAUAGUCUUAUUCCCUAUGCGGUUCAUUGGUAUACAGGAGAGGCUCUCCACUAUGAGGAUGAGAAUGAGGAUGAGGAUGAAGAUAAAGAUGAAGAUGAAAAUGAAGAUGAGGAUGAGAAUGAAAAUUAAAAAUGUGUUGUCAAAGUUCUUGAUUUGUUGUUAAUUCUAAAUCUAGCUAUUGUUAGAAUUCAAAGUUUAAUGAUUG